UGAUAAGGACAGGUUUGCUCAAAAUGUCUGUCGUUAUUGACGUGAUUACGUGUUUUGCUGUGAGCAUUUUUGUCGCACGAGGGUGUGACGACGGCUUCGUGAAACACCAUGAGAACUGCUACCACUUCAGUCACGAUACGGAGACCUGGAUCAACGCUCUGGCGGAGUACUGGAUAGGAGCAGACGACCUGCGAGUUGAAGGUGAAUGGAUGUGGGCCACUUCCGGUGACCCGGUGUCCGACAGGACUUCCGGCGCCAGGUUGUUCCUAAGCAAUGACGCAAACAACGAGAAUUGCCUGGAAAUAAAUGCUGGCAACUGGAACGAUGAUCGCUGUGAUAGGAGUCAGCACUACAUUUGCCAGAAAUCGGUAGAGAUUCCUGUCGUGGUCGGAUAAACGGAUUUAGAAUACAGUUUCGAUUAAGAACCAGAACGAUGCUUCACGCAUUUGCUUAAAUAUGUUGAUUGUAUACAGCAUGACGCAAUAAUAAGGACUUACAGCAUUUAA